CGCGGCCGCGCUUUCACACCUCUCAACGCAGAGGCGCAAUCACUGGAGAGAGAGAGAGAGACCAAAGUAAGCGGAGCGCAAAAAUGGCUGAGUUAAUCUCUCUCAUGGACAUCGACGACAACGAAGACGACAACAGCCAUUCCCUUAAAUCGAACAACUACAAGGGCAAAAGCGUCGUCGUUUCCGCUUCACCUGACUCCAUAGCCACACCUUGGGUCGAAAAAUUCCGCCCUCAGUCGCUCGCCGACGUCGCCGCUCACAGAGACAUCGUCGACACCAUUGACAGGCUUACGAGCGAAAACAGAUUACCACAUUUGCUAUUAUAUGGGCCGCCUGGUACAGGGAAGACGUCGACAAUUCUUGCUGUUGCAAGAAAGCUAUAUGGGUCACAGAUGCGUAAUAUGGUUUUGGAGCUAAAUGCAUCGGAUGCUCGUGGAAUUGAUGUCGUAAGACAGCAGAUUCAAGAUUUUGCUAGCACUCAGAGCUUUUCAUUUGGUGCAAAGGCCUCUGUGAAGUUGGUCCUAUUGGAUGAAGCAGAUGCCAUGACAAAGGAUGCUCAAUUUGCUCUGCGUAGAGUUAUUGAGAAAUACACAAAGAACACUAGGUUUGCUCUUAUCUGUAAUCACGUCAACAAGAUUAUUCCAGCACUGCAGUCAAGGUGUACCCGAUUUCGCUUUGCUCCUCUUGAGGAUAUUCAUGUCAGAGAGAGACUUAAACACGUCAUUGAGGCUGAAAGGCUUGAUGUACCUGAGAGUGGCUUAAAGGCACUUGUACGGCUUAGCAAUGGUGAUAUGAGGAAGGCUUUGAACAUUUUGCAGUCAACACACAUGGCUUAUCAGCAGAUAACAGAAGAAGCUGUGUACCUAUGCACUGGAAAUCCUUUGCCUAAAGAUAUUGAGCGAAUAUCUCACUGGCUUCUGAAUGAGCCUUUUGCAGCUAGUUUUAGACAAAUUUUUGAAAUCAAGACAAGGAAAGGAUUGGCAUUGGUGGAUAUUAUAAGAGAAGUAACCAUGUUUGUAUUUAAGAUCAAGAUGCCAUCAGAUGUUCGAAUCCAGCUGAUUAAUGAUUUGGCUGAUAUUGAGUACAGAUUGAGUUUUGGGUGCAAUGAUAAGUUGCAGCUUGGAUCGCUCAUUGCUUCUUUCACACGUGUUCGAUCUGCAAUGGUUGCCGCUGCAAAGUAAUGAACUGGACGGUUGCAAUUUCUUGGCUUGUUUACUUUCUUUGCAUAUGCUUUUCUUAUAUUACCGGUGUCUUUGAAGUGAAUAGUUUUGAGAUGUUAUCGUUCCAAUUACCCCCGAAACUAUAUGAAAUGUCUCUAGACUCUUGUGGUCAUGAAAAGUUGGGAAUGUAAAAUUUUUUGAAGCUUUAUAUAA